CUCGCUUUACGGUUUUCUUGUUCGGUCACUCAUCAAGGAGCAUAGCGGGAGGAAAGAGCAGCAGUCGGUCACUCGUGUCUCUACCCGAGGCCGGAUGAUAAAAUCCAACCUCCAGCGGAUCCUAAACAGUCAUUGCUUUGCUCGCGAAAAGGAAAGAAAACAACAGCCCAUCACUGCCAUGGCGGAUUUAAGUAGCGGUAUUUGUGACAUGAUUGCGAAUCUGUCAACGCACUGUAGUAGUAGUAGUACCCGCGGCCCAGGGCCUCUGUGGUGCUCCGAUGCCCCUCUCCCACCCCUGAAGAUCCCAGGUGGGCGAGGGAAUGGCACACGGGAUCACGCUCCUGCAGCUCGGUUGCUCCACUCGGACUUGAAGUUGACCGUCAGCGAGGAGCCGGCGGGCAGCGGUCGCCCCGGGAUACUUCACUUCCAAAGUCAUCCCACCAUCAGCAAGACAGUUCAAUGGGACGCUGUCGUGAGCAGCAGUGCUCUCUACGUGGAGAUCCCUCUUGACCCACUGCCUGAAGGCAGCAAGGAGAGUUUAGUGUCUCUGCUGGAAUAUGCUGAAGAACAUCUGAAAGUGCUCAGCGUGUUUGUCUGCUUCUACAAGAACAGGGAUGAUCGUGCCAAGCUGGUGCGUACGUUCAGUUUCCUGGGCUUCGAGAUCGUGAAACCCGGCCACGCCCUCGUCCCACCUCGACCCGACGUUCUCUUCAUGGCGUACAAUUUCGACAGGGACUCUUCCGACGAGGAUUAGCCCCUCUACCCUAACCUUCAUUCUCUCCCUUUUCUCUUUUUGUGUAUUUGUUGAUCUUUUUUUCCCAUUUGGUAAGAAAGGAAAGUUUGGCAUUGGAUUUAGUGUUAGCUGUGGGUUUGUAGAUCUUUCUUUGUUUACCUAUGGAGUCGUUCCAUUGUUUGAAUGUACAACACAUAAAAGAUCAGGUUUUUUGUUUGACUUUUUUUUUUCUUAAAUAUAUAUGUACAAUCGGUACUGCGGCAACAAAAUGGCUGUCAUGUUCAAAUAUUUCAGGGGGACCACUUGUGUAGCACUAACUUACCUUCACUUAUGUAAACAGCCCCGUUGAUUGGUAUUUUAUUAAUAGUUACAUCAUUUUAAUGACAGGAAGGGAUAUAUCCAAAGGGCUUUUUUUUUUCCUUAUGUAAUUUUGACAUGUAAAUUUCAUUAUUUUCAUGUUUUGUUUAAUGUGAAAAGGUAUGAUUAGACUGAAUUUGGCUCUGCAUUCCUUUUGGGUUCACUAUGUUCACCUGGCAUUUAGUGCUUCUGUACCAAUGUUCUUCUCUUAUAAUAAAACAAAUUCCAAAA